GUACGAUCCCUCCUCUUACGAUCUCUCUCCAUCCGCCAUGUCGUGCUUCCCCGUCUUUCCACUCGUUUGAUGUAGCGGCUCUGGGUUCGACAGGGUCGACUCAGCACCUCAGCACAUGGUUUACGCCCUUUGCCCCGAGGCAAUCGCAAACGAUUUGGGCUCCUCUCGCCGACGGGAACAUCGGGAACAUCGGUCUUUCGUGGGCUAGUUUGACUCCUCGUGGUGGUGGAUCUGAUCUCGAAAUCCCACGACUCUCCCGAACUCGCCGACCUGCGAGACCGAAAAGACAUCUACAAGAAAGUCGCAAAGACAAGAAUUAGGAAAUAAGAGCCCGCAAUCGCCAUGGCCGCCGCUAGUCCUUCUGCGCCCGACAUUGUCGACAACGACAAGGGCCCGACGAUCCUGGCGGUUACCAUCGUCGUCACCGUCCUCAGCACGCUGUUUGUGGGAGCCCGGUUGUUCACCCGUAUCUACCUCCUGGGCAAGAUGCAUCUGGACGACUACUUCAUGAUCGUGGCCAUGCUCUGCGGCUGGGCCAUGGUAGCCCUCACAUCCAAGGCGGUCCAGAGCGGUAGCGGCCACCACGCCGCCCUCCUCACCGACGAACAGCUAGGAGGCGCCAUCUUCUACACCAUGGUCGCCUUUUGCCCGGGCAUCUUGUCCUUCGGCCUGCCCAAGCUGGCCGUCGUGGCACUGCUGACGCGCAUGAUGAACCCGUCCCGGCUGCACUCCAUCUUCCUGUGGUUCCUGGCCAUCUUCUGCCAGCUGAGCCUGAUGGGCUGCGUCGGCAUCCUCUUCGGGCAGUGCACUCCCACCCGAUCCAUGUGGGACUUCAGCGUCAAAGGGAAAUGCAUCAACCCCUGGAUCCUGGUCAAUUACUCCAUCUACGCCGGCUCCUUCUCCGGAUUUGUCGACUUGUACUUUGCCGUCUACCCCUCCAUCAAGAAGAUCGCGCUCAGUUUUGCCCUGGGUAUCGGUUCAGUGGCCGGCAUCGUCGCCAUUUACAAGUGCACGCGUCUUCCGGGUCUUGCUAGCCCCGACUUUGUCUACGAUACUGCCGAUCUCACCAUCUGGACCGCCAUCGAAGGCUCGACCAUCAUGAUCGCCGCCUCGAUCCCCAUCCUGAAGCCCCUGGCAGACUUUCUAGUCGGGCGGCGCACCUUCUCGUCGUCGAAUUCGUACAACCGGUACGAGAAGCACACGGGGUCGCGCAGCGGCCAGAUGGCAUCGGACAUGGAGCUCUCGUCCGGACGCGGGUUCCGCCGCGGCGGCGGGCCGAAGGAUCCGAUGGCCAUCUCGCAGCUCGAUACCGUCGUCGACUCGGGCAGCUGCGAGGAAGGGCGCAAGAGCGACGGGCACGACAGCCAGACCAACAUUGUCUCCAAGCCGGACGACUACACCUCGCCGCAGUCCCACCCGGCGCUGCCGCCCAAGGGAGCCAUUGUGAGGACGGACCACGUCGCCGUCACGACCACCUACGGCACCGGGGCAAGCCCUGCGGUGCGCUCCAUGGACCGCUGGAAGUGAUCAUGGAUCAGUGAUCCUAUGGGACUGGAGAAAACAGUCACAGUUGAGGGCGUUUUUAAAAAGCUGCCCGGGGGAGAAAGGGGGGGAUGUGUCGGAUUCGGCGUAUAAGGUUAGUUACGGGGUGUGGGUGAAUGGAUGGAUGCGGAAAUCAACCAUCUUCGUACAUAAUUAGUAUGACUGCUAUCGAGUUCGAUGAUGGAGGAAGAAGGAAGGGGCUGACCAGGGCUACCCUGCAGGGAAGAUUUGGGUGGCUGCAACCCUGGUGGGGCCGGGAACCCUAGUGGGGCCCGGUCCACCACACGGGGCCAAGCGCCCACAAUUUCUUGUGUCAGUGGGCGGAACAUUCUGGCAUUGAAUGCCAGUGCGCUGUAUAACU